AUGGGAAUGAUGAUUAGAAGCAGAGAAGAAACCAAAAUAUGUUCAUCUUCAAACAACCAACAGCGACCAUUACCUGGUACCUCCUCAAACCAAAUUACCAGCAUGACAAACACGACAUUCUUAGCAUUUGGCAGCUUCAUAAAGCUGCUUCCUACAGGCACAGUUUUCGUGUUCCAGUUCCUGAACCCUGUCGUGACAAGCAGUGGUAAUUGCAACGCCACCAACAGGUGUCUCAGUGUCAUUCUCCUUGUGAGUUGUAGCUUCUGUUGCGUCUUUUCUUCCUUCACGGAUAGCUACAUAGGCAGUGACAACCAGAGGCACUAUGCCAUCGUAACCCGAAAGGGACUGUGGCCUUCUCCGGCUUCCGACUCCGUUGACUUGUCAAGAUACAGAGUCUGGGCUGGAGAUUACGUGCGUGCUGGGUUAUCGUUGUCAGUGUUUGCGGUGUUGGGGCUGUUGGACACCAACACUGUGCACUGCUUCUACCCUGGUUUUGAGCCAACUCAGAAGACUCUGCUUCAGGUGCUUCCCACAGUUAUUGGAACAAUAGCGGGUGGGUUGUUCAUGAUCUUCCCUGACAAACGCCAUGGAAUUGGAUACCCUUUAACUUCUGAUUCCAACCACACCCCCAACCCGAAUGACAGUGCCUUAUCCUUGUAAUUUGGGCCAGUGAAAAUAUAUAUUGGCGCAUGCUGCAAACUGUGUGUGUACUUGCAAAUGUUAUUGCUUUAUACUUUCGUAUUUCGUAGAGUAAUAAUAUGUAAUAUAUAAAUGCCAUUA